UCUCAACCAAUGAGAGCUUUCGGGGGCCUGUCUAAUACAGCUGCUCUGCUCACAUGAGCCAAAAUAGAAAAUAACUGUUAGAGAAAGGUGGCGAACACUUGCAUGAACAUUUACCUUUAAAAAAGUUUUUUUCCAGACAGCAGAGUUGAUGGAACCAAAGUUAUUUGUAACCUGCAUCACUAAAAGGAGUUUAUCUUUUUUAUUUGCACUGGGAUUCACCAAAAGGAAACUCCCAGCUGUGUACUUAGCACAGGAUCAGGGACCCUUGCUACUCAACAAAGAUUAUUGAUAAAUAGAUAAAUCAUUGAUAGUUAGACUGUUCAUGCUGGUACCUGUUUAGAAAAGAAGAAAACAGAUUUUAUAAAAUAGCAACUUGCCUCUCAAUGUUAUAAUUGUGGAGGGUAACUUAUUUUUAUUUAAGAAACUAUAUAAAACGUUUAUGCCCCCCCAGUAGCAAACUGCUUUGUUUUUAUAUACAUUUUUAAGUUAUUUACACUGAAAAUUAAGUUGAUACUGUGUAAAGGGAAUGUUGCUGUAUUUAAUUGUUAGCUAACUUAAUUAGACUAUUAUGAAUUAAUAGUUGCAUAACAAUGUGUUGAAUCACAAUUAAUCAGCAAAAAUGAUGGGAAAUAAUUUGCGAUUCUAUGUUAAUCAUUGCGCACCAUUAGUGAAAACAUUUAUUUGUAACUCCUUUCCCAUAUUGAUAGUUACACGAGUUGCUGGGUUGGCUUUAAGAUCCUCUUGAGGGCUUAAACCAUCAAAGCCAAUGAGCUGAGAAAAAUAAAUUCUCAUACAAAAAGAGCACAGGACUGAGGAGAGAAGAAAGAUAUAACCCAACUAGAAUAGGAGGAUCUUGAGUCUGUUUUUACUAUAUACAGCUAUUACCUUUUACAAAGGUCCAGUAGAUAAAGCUGCACAAAAAUGGGCUACAAUCCAGAGUUCAAUUGUGUUUAGUUAAUGAUUAUCUUUCUAGUAGCCGCUUGAAAAAAAAGAGGAUUUAGAGCACAGUCGGCCUUUCACCCGGACAAACAGGCACGAUGGAGCCGGGGCAGAGUCUCUCUGUGUGUGUCCUGCUGGUUCUUUGCGGGACGUGGAGCGCAAGCGGGGGGAACAUUUUGGUGUGGUACACCGAAGGCAGCCACUGGAUCAACAUGAAGCCUCUGCUGGAGACGCUGGUCGACAGGGGACACCAGGUGACGGUUCUGGUCCCGAGCACGUCCAUGUUCAUGAGCACCAAGGAGCCUUCUCGCUUCGACUACGAACCCUUCAACGUCUCCGUUUCUAUGGAGAAGUUCAUCAAAGACUUUAUUCACUUCUCAAUGUAUGAGAUCGAUCACAUGAGCUACGUACAGAUUUAUGUCAGAUUCAUAGAUAUGAUAAAAGACAACUUGAAGAAUACAUUGAUCUGUAUAGACGGCGUAGUGAAAUCUGAACCCAUCAUGAAGAAGCUGAAGGAGGGAAAAUACGACCUUCUCCUGGCGGACCCGGUCUAUCCUGGGGGCGACUUAGUAGCAGAUAUUUUGGGCAUCCCCCUGGUCUUCUCCUUAAGGUUUUCUCUUGCUAAUAACUGGGAAAGACACUGCGGUCAGCUCCCUGCUCCUCCUUCCUUCGUACCGGGCGCCAUGAGCAAACUCACCGACAAGAUGGACUUCUCUGAGAGAGUGUGGAACUUCCUCUUCUACGCGCUGCAGGACAUCGUGAUCGAUCAUGUAUCCUGGAAAGUACUGGACAAAUAUUACUCCGAAGUCAAAGGAACACCCACCAGUGCCUGUGAGACGAUGGGCCGGGCAGAUAUCUGGUUGAUGCGAACCUACUGGGAUUUUGAUUUCCCUCGUCCUUCCCUCCCUAACUUCAAAUUUGUUGGUGGAAUUCACUGCAGACCGGCCAAACCUCUGCCAGAGGAUAUGGAGGAGUUUGUGCAGAGUUCUGGAGAUGCUGGCAUCGUGGUCUUUUCUUUGGGAUCAUUAAUCAGCAACAUCACUACAGAGAAAGCAAACAUGAUAGCCUCAGACCUCGCCCAGAUCCCACAAAAGGUGCUUUGGAGAUACAGUGGAGAAGCUCCAGUGACUCUGGGUGUCAAUACUAGAAUCUACAACUGGAUCCCACAGAAUGACCUACUGGGUCACCCCAAGACCAGAGCUUUCAUCACUCAUGGCGGAGCAAACGGGAUAUUUGAGGCCAUCUACCACGGCGUUCCCAUGGUGGGAAUUCCCCUGUUUGCCGACCAGCCACACAACAUGGUCCAUCUUGAGGCAAAGGGAGCUGCAGUCACCGUAAGCUUGAACUUCAUGAAGAAGGAUGACCUCAGAGAUGCAGUUAACCAGGUCAUCAAUGAAAAAUCGUACAAGGAGAACGCCUUGCGGCUGUCCAGGAUCCACCACGACCGACCAAUGAGUCCUCUGGAUGAGGCGGUGUUCUGGAUGGAGUUCACCAUGAGAAACAAAGGGGCCAAGCACCUGAGGGUGCAGGCACAUGAGCUCACCUGGUACCAGUACCACAGCCUGGAUGUCCUGGCCUUCGUCCUCGCCGUCAAUCUGGUCCUCGUGCUCCUCUUUGUCAAGACCUGCAGUUUGUGCUUCCGCAGGUGCUGUGGCAGAAAGGCAGCGACAAAGAGGAAGGCGGAGUAGCUGAACUUAGAUGUAGCCGGCGACAUACUGCUGGGAAGAAAUCCAUAUUGUCUUGUUGGUCUAAAUUAUUCUAUGUAACCAUUAUGCCCUGGACUGUAAUUGAUGGUUUUAGACCGGUAAUCAAACUUUGAAACAAUUAAAACAAGAUGUGUAAAACAUCUGGUUAUGCUUUGAAACAUGUGCUUUACUUUGUUCUACAUUCUAUGAGCUUAGAAUACUUGAGUGAAAUAAUUGUUAUCCUCCACAUCAGGUGUCUGCAUGCAGUGCACAGACAUUUUACUCGUACACCCCCCCCCCCCUUGUUGUUUCAACAAAGAUUUGUUUUGUCUUCUCUCUGCCUCGUUUUAAAUGCCUGUGAGUCUCUUAUCUUCAGCCUUUUGUAGAAACAUUUCAGUGCACGUCUCCAAUUCUUCAUCUUUUAGACACUUUUCAGGAGUUACUUCAUACAUAUUCUUUAGGUCGCGUGAAAUUACCCCUUAUAGUUAAACCAUAAUUGUAGUAAUUGCAUGUUAGAAAUUCUUUCAUAUCAUUCACUCAUGCUUCAUUCCAACAGCUUUUCAUUUUGACUAAACAGGUUGACUAAACAAUUCUUUGAUCAUACCAAUUCUGGUCUCAUUUGUAAACCCGUUUUUUAAUCUAUGAUCCGUAAUUGCAUCGACACAUAUUCUGUGAGCUGGUGUUUGUUUUUAGUCUCAACCUAAAAGUGACUUUUUAAUCAAUUAAUUAACCCAUUUGACCCUUUUUCCAUCAUUAAUUCUGUGGU